AUGAACUCUUAUUCCUUAGAGUUUAAAGAUAAAUUGAUGGAAUCAAAAUAUCAGAAGACAAAAAAACUAUAACUUCAACAAUUACAAAAAAUACAAUAGAUAAUUACUAUGAUGUUACUUAUACUAUUCUUAAUUGUUAAUGCUUUAAGACAUUAAUGGAUUGAAUUAACUGUUUGCUGUUUUAUGCUAAUUAUAUUAUUGAUAGCAAUAAGAAUGGAUUUGAAUAAAAAAUAAAAGUCUUACUUUCUAAAUACAAUUUUAGUAAUUGUGACUUUAUUCAAUUAUUUUAAAGCAUUGCAGAGUAUUUACUUUGAAUAUUCUAUUAAACCUAAUUUCUUAGAUGGUUAUAUGUUAGCACUAAUAACAAUUUCAUGUAUAUAUCUGAUAAUAUAUUAAUAGUAAUAUAUUAAGGAAGUUUUCUUUAAAAAACUUUUAUUCUUGGAUCAAUAUACAUUAUGUUACAAGUGUUUAAAUCUAAUUCAGAGGAAUUAUGGAAAUAAAUUUGUUAAUAUAUUUUUUUUCUUUGUUUUUGCUUGUUUUAGCUCUAUAAAAUAGAAAAGUUAUAACGAUAGGACUAUCUUAAUUAAUAAAAACAUCAAAAAGCAGAAUAAUAAAUGAUAAAUUUUUGUGGUUUAACAUUUUAUAUGAUUUCUUACUAAAGAGAUUCUAAUCAAAUAAUAUUAAGAGCAAGCAAUGAGAAAGAAAUAGUAUAAUUUGAAGAUCAAUAACAAUUUAACAUUUAAAUUAGGAAUAUGAGAGUAUUGAUCAAAGAUUAAGAAACAUAAAAAAAUUAUUAAUCUAAAGAAGGAAUAAAUCAUGAUGCAAAAAUGACACUUGAGAAAUUAUUAUAUUAUUAUAUGGCUUGUCCAGAGAAACUUAAAUAAUGUAUGAAAUAACCUUCUUCUGAUGCUGUAAUUAAUUUAUAAGGAGUAUUUAAUUAAGAAAAUUACAAUAUUUAAAUUCUUAAAUUUUUUGAUGAAUUGCCUAGUGCAAUUAUUCUUAUUUCUCAAAACAAAAAAGAUAUAUAUAUAGAAGAACUUAAAUUAAGAUAUAAAUUGUUUUAAUAAACACUAGAAAUUAUUGAUUAAAUUUUUUCAACUUAAAUCAAAAUGAGUCUUGUGUAUUUUACAGCUUUGCAUAAAUAUCAAUCAAUCAAACCUUAUAAUAGAAAUAUAUCAUAUUAUAAAAAAAUUUAAAGUAAGAUUUCUAGAGCAUAUAAUGAUUUUUAAAACAUUUAAGACUUUUUUAAUUUAAAUUCUUCAUUCUAAAGAACGGUGAUUCAAAAAUUUAAUUUAAUUACAUUUUUAGAUGAUACUUUAACAGAAAUUUAAUAUUAUUUUUAUUAAAGCAAGAAAUUUACAUUCUAAAUAAAAAGCAAACUUAAAAAAUAAAUAGUAAGUCAAGAUCAAAAAUAAUUGAAACAAUUAAUAUUAAAUAUAAUAUAUUUUAUAACUGAACAUAGUUAAGAUUUAAUUUUUUAUUUAGAAGAAAGUGAUGGACCAUAAUCAAAAUUAUCCUUUAUUCGCAUAAAAUUAGAAUAUCAAGGUUUUCAUUUUUGUAAAGAUUCAAUGAAAGGAUUGCCAUUUAUAAAUCCAAUAACUAUAUCAGAACUUAGACAUAAUACAGAAAAAAAUUAUUAAUUAAAUUUACCUAUGGCUGUUGUUAUUGUUAGAAAACUUGGACCUACUAACAAGAUUUACAUAAGAUAAAAUAAUAAAGGAAGUAGUUAUUUAGAAUUUUUAAUUUUUAGAGAAUUAUAUGAAGAUUUUCAUUUAAUACCACUUUAAUCAUAACAUCCUAUUAAUUAUUUGAUAAUAAAUGCAAAAUCUUCAGUUUAUGGUAAACAUGCAGCAUAUUUGGAUCUCAUGGCUCUAAGUCCAAGAAUAUAAUUAGAUAAAUUUGGAGAAUUAUGA